ACUUUAAACAGCUGUUCGUUUUCUACAGCCACAGCAAACGAAACUUGAUUUCAUGAAUAUUUAAUACAAUAAAGCAAAUAAUGUGGAAAGAAAUAAAAAUUGUGAAUAAAACCUAUUAUAUUAAAUGUGAUAUCAGUGAAAAUAAUAACGUUACGCUGAUCUUAUACGAUCAAAACGAGAUAUGGAGUGAGAAGAUUUCUCUGGUCGAUGUUAGACGCAAAGUGAAGAACUUAAAUCGUCGUUAUGAUUUUGACGAGGAGAAUAUACGAAAAACCUUUGGCGGUGAGGGAGAAUUGGAAACGGCAUCGUUGGAUUCUGCUGAGGGCAACGAUAAGCUGCUGUUGAAAGUAAAAUAUCGUGUAAAAGACUGUCCAUUCCUUUAUGAAUGGAAUUUAGAAAAACAAACAUUGGAAGAGUUCCGAACUUUAUUUGUAAUGCCGAUGCUAAAGGCAUUGCUUGCUUGCAAAGAACAAAUGGAAAUAUUGACAGAUACUAUUAGGAAAAAAGAUGCAGAAAUUCUACAAUAUCGUAAAGAUGGUGCAAUAUUGGGACGAAGAACUUUGGCAACCAAACUCUUUGCCUUUGAAGAAUUUGAACGAAAAUAUGAAGGACCCAACAAACUUUUAAACGAUUUUAGUACUUUAGGACAAAUUUUGGUCAAAGAAAAAUCUCUAUCAGAAAACUCCCCUCAAAUCAGUGAUGCGAACAAACAAGAAAAACAGGACAUGGUCACAACUACGGUUAACAAAGCUCCUCCCAUCAGUCCAGGACAAAAAAAACGCUUAUUAAAAAAGGAAAUGUUAGAAAAGGCGAUAAGACCACGGAAACCAGUUUUCGAAUAUGAGAACAGUCAAAGUCAAUCAAGUGAAGAAGUGGAUACGGAAAAGAAUAUUACUGAAAAUGCAAAAUCAAGUGGAGAAAACUCGGAAAAUAAAACCAGUUCAAAAACUUUGGAGCCCAGCCCAGUUGCAAAAUCUAGGUCUAGAGAACUCAAAAAUCUAGUAAGCAACUUGGUAAUAGCGGAAAAUCCUGAAAAUCUUAUCACCGAAAAUAAAACAAGAGCAAAGCCAUCAAUAUCCAGUCCAGAUCUAAAAAGUAAAGAAAUCAAAAGCCGAUUUAACGAUACAGUUGGAAGUCGUGAUAAGGUAACAGAAGAUAAAAAUAAAACGCCAGCCAAAACAGUGGAAUCUUCUAUACAUGUUCCAAAAUCUAGAGAACUUAAAAAUCUCGUAAGUGACUUGGUAAUUGCCGAAAGUCCUAUUCGGGGAAAAACAACUGAAAGUAAAACUAAAUCGACACUCGCCGAAAAUAGUCCACAUUCAAAAUGUAAAGAUCUCCGAAGACGUGUAACAGAUUCAGUUAAUUCUGAAAAUUCGGAAAUGAUAAGAGCUCGUAGAUCUUUGAACAAAAACGAAGUGGAGAAAAACUCGAUGGAUAACGAGAGCCCAAGGAAAAGACGAAAGAGUAUUACUGAUGUGGAAGCAAAAUCAUCAUCAAAGAAAGUUCAACAAUCUAAAGAGAGUAUACAAAACAAUUCUCAACCAAUCAGUAAACGGCGAACAUCUCGUUGUUUAAAUUUUUCCGAAAAUCGAGACAAAAAAGAUGAGAAAAGUAAAACGGAGAGUGAGAUUUCAAUAAUGGAAACAGCAUCACGACGAAAGCAGUCUUUACCAUUAUCAAAGCAAUCCGAAGAUGAUGAAGAGUCAGCAAAUGACCUGAAAAUGGAUAAUAAAAACAACAAUGAAAAUAAAUCAAAUAAAACUAAUGAAAAAUGUGCCACAAAUACAGAAACGAGACAGAGUGAGGGGGAAGAAAACUCAAACAAUAAGAAAAAUACCAGAUAUAAUCGGGAAACAGAUUCGGAAGAUUCUGAUGUCAUAGAUAUAACACCGCGCAAGAAGAAAAAAACACAUUUAAGUAAACAGCCAACAAUUGAGGAAAGUUUAAAAUUGGAUAAUGGUAAAAGUCAGACAUCAUCUGCAAAGCAAAACAUACAAUCCCUGGAUAUUUGCGAUACGGAUAGUGAUAAUGAUGAACUAACAAGGACGCCAAGAAAAUCGAAAAAUUUAAGUUUAACAAAGAGGACGCCUGAAAAGAAUAAACCACCAACAACACAAUUGAUAAAUAGUACCAAACAAUCGGAAACAUCUUCCAAAGAUGUAAACGAUGAUUGUCAUGUUGUUGAAAUUUCCACAGAUUCUGAAAGCAAUUAUCCCCAAACUAGUUCUAAGCGACCAAACUCUGCAACAAAGAACCUACUUGCAAAAUCUCCAACUUUUGUUAUAAAAACAAAAAUAACACGAUCCACACCACAAGUCCUAACAACGCCGAAGCCUGUUGAUAGUAGUACUGCUUCUUCACAAUCCGAGAGCAACAAGGGAGAUGGCGAAAGCGAUGAUAUUUCCUCGCAAUUGGAAAUGAUACGCAAAGAACUGAAACUUUUGGAAGCCCAACGAUUGGCGGAUUUAAAAGCACGGACAUGUAAAACAUAGAUACCAUUUGAAACCCAUAUAUACAUAUUUUUCUACAUAUAUUGAAUAUAUUUAAGAUAUUUCAAAUAUACAAUUUUUGUAAGAAUUUUUAGUAAUAGACAUUUGCAAGAUUAUCCUUAAUUUUUAGUAUAGUGGAUUGAAUUAUACAAAAAGAAUGUAUAGAAGACUUAAAGAAUAAAAAAAUACAAGGUUGUAUAAAAAACA